AUGUCACAGUUUGUGUCGAAUGAAGAACCGGUUCCAAGUAGUGCAAUAAGUUGCGUACGGCCGAUCGAUGUAGUGGUGGCAACGCAGGACUACAUACCCAACAGGAAAGGGCAGUUACGGCUUUCCGUUGGUGAUAUUGUAUACGUACUUGGCAAACACGAAAGCGGAUGGUGGGAUGGCCUGGUGCUGAGUCUAAAAGCGGGAGGGAAAUGCUAUCGUGGGUGGUUUCCGCAGAAUUAUACAAAGUCAUGCCGAGACAAGCGCAUGUACCUCCAGUUAAAGAGAUCCAAGAGCUGUUAUUCAAAUGCCAGCAGUCGGCUUAGCAGCCGGCGUAGCAGCUUGGCUGCUGGAAGUGGGUCCUCUCACAACGACAACGGUAGCGGCAUUCGUUUAAAUGCCCCUAGCGAGCCCAAUCUCUCACCUACCCACUCCCAAUCAUCACAUUUAAAACAAGAUUAUAGGCUUGAUAUGCGACAGAAUCGCAGUUACCAUACAAGGAGACCCAGUCAGGUAUCGCAAUCUUCUGCAUCUGCACACUCAGGGUCUCAAUCAUCGCAUACGUUACCUUUACAACAGAUAGACCCUCUACAGAAACUUACAUUAGAGGAAGAGUCUCAAGAGAAUUCCCAUCCAGUUGAUCCGGAGAAGAUAACCGUAUUGAGUACGGAAGAAGUUGAAAUGAUUUUCAACAAUGUCUACAGUAACAAUAGACCCCCUAUCUGGACUCCCAUUCCCACGAACGAGAACAAAGUUAUUUACUACAAUCGGGACUACAACAUAUAUUGCCGUACCCUUCCAUUCCUUCAUACUCCAGAAUUGAACACUAAAAGUGCGUUUUCCGAAAAUGACUGGGAUGUGGAUUUGCAUCCAAGGAACGAGCGUCAAUUCACUGAUGAAAAAAUCCAAGUGAUUGAUGGUUCUGAAAUGGAAAGCCUUAGUAAUGACAGUAAAGGAGCUGGUACGGUUUCAUCUACUCGUUCACCCAAUAAGAUAGUCUCUACCGCUAGUGGCGCUUCAAGCAUGGGUGAAAAAAACAAAAAUAACAAAGCGAGCGUUUCAGGAAGCGCCCGGGUUAGUUUGAAAAGUAAUGAAGGUCCGAAACAGGAAACGGAACAUUUAGAUGGUAGUCAAUACGUCAGCAAUGAUACGAAUGGAGGCGGGUGGUACGAUGAUACCUGCCAUAUUAUGCUUGCCAAACAGGAAUUAUUUCAUAAUCAUCAUAUGGAUAUUCGUUCGUGGACCGAACUUCGUGAUGCUACAUUGUUCUUUUCUCGUAAAUCUCACGCCUGCUUUUUGCGAAAUGAGCAUCAUAACUUUAACAAGAACUUUGAAGCUACUACCAGGUUUGCCCUGUAUUACCACUCGGCAUGCCGGCUCUUAAGAAGCCAGGUUUUGAAGAGUAAUGUGAGAAGAGAUGUAAAAAGACUCUUGAAGUCAAUCACCGAGGCUACUGCGGGGAUUGCAGUCGACGCAAGUUUAUAUUUCAGCUCUUCGCACAGAGUUGAGAUUUCAGUAAGUGACUCGUCACAGACGAACCUUCAUAAGCUAAGCGUUACUAGCACUGGAACUACCAUUCAAGAACCAAUUAGGAUAUCUAUGUCUACGAUCAAUCCCGCAGGACGUUCCCCUCCUGCAGCGAGAAAUUCAAGCACUAGCACUACCGAUACUAUAAUGUUCAGAGACGCAGCAUCUGGGUUUGGCGUCGAAGGAAAUAAUGAUAUCACCCAAGCCGAACAAGGCUCUAAUAUAGGGUCUACUACAAGCUCGCAUACUAUACAACCCAAUUCUUCUUUGAAUGAUGAUACUAGUGUUCUAGUUCAGUCAUUUUUCCAAGCUGUGGAUUCAAAAUUUGGCCAGUUCAACAAAAGUAUAUGGAAAUUGCACAAAAUCAUGAAGCGCAACUUUGCCCCUGAUGAUAUCAUACCUCAAUUAUUCCCCCGGUAUUUCAGGAACACUUUUAGUGGCGGAGCUUGGACCAGUUGUUUUCAAGAGCCGAGUAGCACUUUCACCAGUAGGAAUUCCUCGGUAGGGGCAGGUCCUCCUAUUCCGUCCGAUGUCUUUAGUGGAGCUCCGGUGAAACCAUAUGGUAGCAUAAGCAGCAAAGCUACCACAAUUGAUAGUGCAAUUCAAUCGAGAAUUUCUUCCGAAAAUGACAGAUCAUAUGGUCAGAAGGAGUUUUCAAGAUCAAAAUUUAUCAAGAAAAAUAAGUAUCCAUUAAACCAUGACACAUUGAAAAUGAUUAAGAAGAAGAUGGAUUAUUUCUCCACUACAUCGUAUAGUAGUUACGAGAAAUUAAUUGAACAGCCCAAAUCAAAGCAAAGGAACCUAGAGAUAAGUGCAAAUUGUUACAAAGAGCUCAGCCAGACGGUAUUUAUUCUAGAAGCAUUGGAGAACAUUGAUUUGAGAUUUUUCAUCAACAUGCGUAACCUCGGCUAUGAUCAGCAACUGGAUAAGGAAAGUGAGGAGCUUCGACAGCAUACUAUGACCUCUUUGGCAUCGGUGCUAAUGGAGUUCUUUGACAUCAAGCAAGCUUUAUACGAUGUCACAAUAAAAGGGAUAAUGGACAUUCAACAGCUUACUCUGGAAGAUCCAUUUGUAUUCUGCUCAAUGAAAGGUGAUUUAAUGGCUUGUUGUGAGAAGGAUGAUAAUAUGAGACAAUACCAAGUCAUUGAACCAGAGAAGUUAGCAGAAAUUUAUCGCCGAAGGCUGAUUGCAGACGAUGUGGAAAUCAACAACUCAUGUUUUUUAGACACCGAUACGGAACUGAAGGUGACAAGACUAACUUUCUUGAGAAUCUUGAGCAGUGCUUACAAGACGGUAGAGUUAUUGAUUGAAGAACGUGAAAAUGUUUUGAAUUAUGCCGCGCGUAUGAUGAAAAACGACUUGAUUGGGAAAUUAAUGAAAGGCGAACAAGAGAAGUGGUUUGACGAUAAGGAUAAUGAGAUGCGCCUAGGAGAUCCUGAAUUUGAGCAUAUUGGGCCGAGGGAAUCCAUUGCGAGAAGCCUCUCUAAAGAUAUUCCAUGGUAUCUCGAUUCUGAGCACGAGUAUUCUCUGAUAUAUGAUAAGAAAGGUAAUGUUAAAGGUGGAACGAAGAUUGCUUUACUUGAACAUUUAACAAAUCAUCAAAUUAUUGAUGUUUCCUUCAAUAUAUCUAUGUUACUGACUUUCAGAAGUAUUUUCACUACUAGUGAGUUGUUGCAUGCCUUGAUUGAAAGAUACAACUUGUAUCCUCCGGAAGGUUUGAGCUACGAGGAAUACAGCGCGUGGGUUGAAAAAAAAGCGACUCCCACCAAGAUUCGCGUCGUAAAUAUCAUGAAAACUUUGUUUUCUCAGUACUGGACGCCCGCAUAUUAUGAGCCUGGAAUUGAAGACGUUUUAUCAUUUGCUCAGUCGGCAACAACACAAAGCAUACCGGGAUCUAAUAUCCUUUUGACGGAAAUUAAAGAACGUCUGUCGUUGAAAGGAAACAUCAAGAGCUUUGUUCCGGAAAAGAUAAAGUUUACUGAUACUGGUGCAAGCUUAAGCGAUAUUGCUCACGCGCCCAAACUUCCUGGCUUGGCAGUGGUUGAUUCAGGUUCAGGGUAUGGGUUUCGUAUGCGUAAACUAAGAAUACUUGACAUUGACCCACAGACAUUUGCAAAGCAGCUCACGAUAAAAGAGCAUCAUUUGUAUUCGAAGAUUACCCUGUUUGAAUGUCUAGAUAGAAUAUGGGGUAAAAAAUAUUGCAACUUUGGUGGCUCGGAAAACAUUUCAAGAUUUAUCUCGAGUGCUAAUCAUUUAACGAACUACGUUUCUUUCGUUAUUGUCAAGCAGGAAAACUUGAAAAAGAGGGCAAGGUUAAUUCAGCACUUUGUGAGUGUUGCUGAGUACUGCCGUGAACUCAAUAAUUUCUCCUCAAUGACGGCAAUCAUUUCUGCCUUGUACUCUUCACCUAUUUAUCGCUUGAAAAAGACUUGGAUGAUGAUUUCACAGGAUUGCAAAAGAAUACUUGAAGUCCUUAAUACAUUGAUGGACUCAACUAGAAACUUUAUCAGGUAUAGAGAAUGGUUGAAAGGAAUUCAUGAUGUCGCAUGUGUUCCAUUUUUCGGGGUUUAUCUCUCCGAUUUGACUUUCUCAGCAGAAGGAAAUCCUGAUUAUCUCCAUAGAACCACGGAUAUCAUAAAUUUCAGCAAGCGUACAAGAAUAGUAGACAUUCUCAAAGAAAUUGCAAGUUAUCAGGGGAUUCGGUAUAAAUUUAAAAGAUAUGAUGACAUUCAAAACUUUCUUGAAGAGUCUAUGAGAAAUGUCCCCAAUAUUGAGAAGCAAUACGAGCUAUCUCUACGUGUAGAGCCGCGUACAGACGUUUCAACUGGCUUGGACGGUACACACACUGCUCUUCCUCUUUCGAAGGCACAGGGAAUAACAAAACCCGAGAAAAAGACAAGAUUUGGAAAGGUAAAAAAAGAUCCACCCACAUUUCACAUUAAUAAGUAUUUAGUUAAUUAUUUAGAAGAAUUUAAAUUCUUUAAUAUAUUCAUAUAUGAUGUUCUCUUGAACAUACUUGAUCUAUUUAGAUUAAGAAACACUGAGUUGAAUAUUUUUAGCCGGGUAAUCUUCAGGUGA